GUGCCGUCCAAUGGCUGUCGAUGAGACCGUCGCUGCUGCCGGGUGACGGUGUCACAGUGUAACACUCUCCUGCUGCAGGGAGAUGGGCUGGCGGCCGCUCGCACUGACCCGGGGAGUGCGCGCACUGCAGGACUCCCGCUGCCUUCUGGAUGACGAGGGGCUUUGCUGAAGACAUUUACGAUGAGCGGGGUCACCUAUGGAACGCAUUGAGCCCCUUGGCCCAUCGUGACUUCACAUCAACAUGACGGGGUCUAGCUCUACCUUCCACCGGGCACAUAGUAAACGCUGUCAUUCUCACCACCAAAAUGGGGGGCCCAAGACAAAGCCCACCCGCUCUAAAAGCUUGCAAGACCGGCCGCUGGCUUCUUCUCUUACGCCUGCCCCGGCCAGUGCGUCCGGUAACAGCUCGGGGGGAUACUCGGAGGAGGAGGACAAGGAGGUUGGGACGCUCUUCUAUGUCAACAAGAGUGGGUUCCCCAUUGACAGCCAGACGUGGGAGAGGAUGUGGGGACAUGUGGCCAAAGUCCACCCCGAAGGCAAGGAGAUGGUGGACAAGAUCAGAAACGCCACCCUGCUUUCCAAGCCUUUGGUGCCAGCUGUACCAACCUACAGGGCAUCCAUGUCUAUCCCAGACUGGCUCCAGGCCGUACAGCGAUACAUGAAAUUGCUGCAAUAUAAUCACACGGGGACUCAGUUCUUCGAAAUUCGAAAAACAAGACCAAUAAGCGGGUUAAUGGAGACUGCGCGGGAGAUGACCAGAGAAUCCUUACCCAUAAAAUGCCUGGAAGCCGUCAUCCUGGCCAUCUAUCUGACAAACGGACAGCAGUCUGUGGAGCGCUUCCCCAUUAGCUUUAAAACCCAGUUCUCAGGAAGCUACUUUCACCACGUCGUGCUCGGCAUCCACUGCAACGGACGCUACGGGUCGCUGGGCAUGAGCAGAAGAUCCGACCUCAUGGACAAGCCCAUGACGUUUCGGACGUUAAGCGAACUCAUCUUUGACUUUGAGGAGUCUUACAAAAAGUAUUCUCACACGGUGAAAAAGGUGAAGAUUGGCUUAUACGUCCCGCACGACCUUCACACCUUCCAGCCCAUCGAGUGGAAGUAUUUAGUUAUCAACAUGGUGAAGAUGACGCGAGCCGACAUAAAGAAAGAAUUGGAGAAACACGCCAGGGACAUGAGGAUGAAGAUACUGAAAUCCUCGAGUGUCCAGUCUCCUGUAAAAGAAAGAAGAGGGAAGUCUGUAUCUCCUCCGAGGGGGAGCCCUCAGAGACGUGUCUGCAGGAGAGAUAAAUCGCCAGCAAGAAUAGACAAGAAACCAGCGGACCUCAGCACCCUGAAUGACGUUGGCUACCAAAUUCGGAUUUAAAGACCCUGCGGAAGAAGCAGAAUUCCCUGGUGCUUCCCGUUGCACUUUACCCCGCCGCCUGUUCUUUUUCUAAAGAUUUGUGACUAUUUAUUACGACGUUUUAUUUAUGCUUUCAUUUAAGAUUUUUGCAUUUUACACUUUUUUACUAUUAAGCUUACCAGCUUUCCUGAAGGAUGAUCUUCUCCCCGGCACCAGCGCGCUUAUUUCUGGCUAAUAUUUAUAGGGUGUCCUCCUGGCCUCACGCGUUUCACGGCUACCGGGUUUAUUAAGUGAUGCGCGAACGUCGUUUCUAUGGUAAUAACAGAUUCUGUCGAUAGAUUCCCAGGAAACGCGUCCUUACGUUGACCAGGGACGGGAAUAAACGGAGAUCUUUGUGUAAUGUGGACAAUCAAAUGCAAAAAAGGUCACUUUAAUGCUGUGCCACGGAGCUGAGAAUGCGACCUGCCGUGGCUUCCUUUUGGUAGCCAGGGCGAGAAAACUUCUGGUUCAAGAUAAGAUCUUCCAAAAGAGGGACAGAGAAGUGUUAUGUCAUUUCUUAUGCCAAGUUACCGGGACAGUGAGGAGCCAAAGAGAUAAAGACGUGAGGCUCUGUACGGAAAUGUUUUUGAGUGCCCAUCACACCUGGUUAUCAUCACACCUGGUCACCAUCACACCUGGUUAUCAUCACUUCUCCCCAACGUGUAUUGCAUAAUCUUGUGUCCUGGAGGAAGAGAUUUGGGGCCCGUCCCUUGUGCGUAAGGAAGCAGGGAGACCUUGAGUUGCUUUUCUUAUAAUAGUGAAUGAAA